CUUUUACUCUCAUAGGGUUAGGGUUAGGGUUUUGCGGCACUUUCAAGUAUGGCGAUCCGGUCGCUCAAUCCCAAUGCCGAGGUGCUCAACCGGUCGGCGGCACUGCACAUGAACAUCAACGCUGCCAAGGGCCUCCAGGAUGUGGUGUGCACCAAUCUGGGCCCCAAAGGAACCAUGAAAAUGCUCGUUGGGGGCUCGGGCGACCUCAAGAUCACCAAAGACGGCAAUACCUUGCUCAGGGAUAUGCAAAUACAAAACGCCACAGCCAUCAUGAUUGCCCGAACGGCUGUAGCGCAGGAUGACAUUAGCGGUGAUGGAACUACUUCCACAGUUAUCUUGAUCGGAGAAUUGAUGAAACAGUCGGAGCGGUUCAUCAGUGAAGGAAUGCAUCCGCGCAUACUGGUGGAUGGUUUUGAUAUUGCCAAGAGGGCCACGCUAGAGUUCCUUGAGAACUUCAAAAUUCCAGUCGAGAUUGGAGAUGCUCCCGACAAGGAGAUCCUCAAAAUGGUCGCGAGAACAACGUUGAGAACGAAGGUGCACGAGGCUUUGGCGGACCAGUUGACUGACAUCGUUGUUAAUGCGGUUCUUUGUGUCAAGAAGCCGCAAGAGCCCCUGGAUCUCUUCAUGGUGGAAAUAAUGCACAUGAGGCAUAAGUUCGAUACCGAUACACGCCUUGUAGAAGGCCUUGUUCUCGACCACGGGUCUCGUCAUCCGGACAUGAAGAAAAGGGUGGACAAUGCCUUUAUUUUAACGUGCAAUGUCUCCCUUGAGUACGAAAAGAGCGAAAUAAACGCAGGUUUCUUCUAUUCCAACGCGGAGCAGAGGGAGAAGAUGGUGGCCGCAGAAAGGAAGCAAGUUGAUGACAAAGUGAUGAGAAUAAUCGCUUUGAAAAAACAGGUUUGCGAUGGAACGGACAAAUCUUUUGUUGUUAUCAACCAAAAGGGGAUAGAUCCCAUCUCGUUGGACUUGUUUGCGAAAGAAGGGAUCAUUGCUCUAAGGAGGGCCAAGCGCCGAAACAUGGAGAGACUGAUCCUCGCUUGUGGUGGACACUCCGUGGAUUCGGUGGAAGAUCUCAGUCCGGACGUCCUGGGAUGGGCCGGUACCGUAUACGAGCACGUUCUUGGUGAAGAGAAGUACACCUUCGUGGAGAACGUUAAAAAUCCACACUCUUGCACAAUCUUAAUCAAAGGUCCAGAUGACCAUACAAUUGCUCAAAUCAAGGAUGCCAUCCGAGAUGGGUUAAGGUCGGUCAAAAACACCAUCGAGGACGAGGCCAUUGUUUUGGGUGGAGGGGCAUUUGAGGUGGCGGCCAGGCAGCAUUUGAUGAACAUUGUCAAGAGAACCGUUCAAGGGCGUGCUCAACUUGGUGUGGAAGCAUUCGCUGACGCACUUCUGGUGGUGCCAAAAACGCUGGCCCAGAAUGCCGGGCUAGACACGCAGGAUGUGCUCAUCACGCUCCAGUCGGAGCACGACAAUGGAAACAUUGUGGGCUUGAAUAUCAACACGGGCGAAGCAAUGGACCCACAGGUGGAGGGUGUGUUUGACAACUAUUCCGUCAAGCGCCAGAUCGUGGAUGCAGCGCCGGUGAUUGCUUCUCAGCUGCUGCUCGUAGACGAAGUCAUCCGAGCGGGGCGGAACAUGAGAAAGAAUUAGGCGUGGCGUGGCGUGGCGCUGGCGAAGUUUGGUUUUUUUUUUGUUUAAAUGCAGGUAGUCUACCAAAACAGAUUGAGCGAACUCUCCUCUUUAUUUAAUGCAGGGGCUAGUUUGUCAAA